CUAGGGCCGACUCAAGGCAGCGCUCAUGUUCGGCCUACUUCACUGCUGCCACCAGCAACUUCACUACUACUCCUCCCCUCCCGCCCGGCCCGCUUCUGCCGACCCACCGCCACUCUCCGCCCAAACUUCACCAUGAGCAUCGAACAUGUUCAAACCACCCAUCUCAGCGAAAUAUUCAAGCAAAAACGGAUUCUCCGAACCAAAAUUCCGCGAGGACCUUAAGUCCAUGGAUCCCUCCCUCCGAUCCCUAGAAGUUAACUUCAGAAUUCUAUCAUUAACUCAUUGUUUAGAUACUCUCUUAAUUAACUCUCAUCUGUGUUUUGUUUGCUACACAAUGCAAUCCAGGGUAUUGUCUUAGAUGCAGUCUAGCCGGAGAUUAUGUGCUUAUAUAAGUUGCAGCGCGCUAUAUGGUUGAUACGUCCAAAUUGAUGUCGGAAAUUCUGCGGAAUCCGGCCAAAGAUGGCUGUACUUAGCCCGCGAAGAAGCUUUAUGUUCCGCGGCUAGAGGACAAGAACAGUCAUAUGCGAAUGCUCAACAUCUCAAGCAUGGAUGAUCUAAAUGCAAACUCAAUGAAUAUUUUAGAACCUGCUCCAGUAGAUCAUGUUGAAAUGCACGAGAAGAUGAUAUUAAAGGUCUGUAGUGGUGCAGUAAUGCAGGCAAGUGACCCAGUUGAUUUGUUCCUCCUGCCUGGGCUCGCAUUUGACAGAUGUGGAAGACGCCUGGGCCGUGGCGGAGGGUCUUUCAUAUUCACACCAGACAGACACUCAGUCACACUCCCACACUUUGUAGUUCUGUAAUUCCAGGCCUAGGACAAGAGGUCAGGUUCCUUCCAAUCCAUAACUAGUUGCUUUAAGUCUCAACCAUAUAUCCUAGAAAGAGGCAUGGAUUAUGAGUCGUUGCAAGACCUGUGGAGAUUGUGCUUAUAUUUAUUGUCCUAAAUAAUUGGAGAAUCCACUUUCAUAGCUGUUGGAGAGUAAUCAUUACUGCUUAUAAUCUUUGUGCAUAUCUAGGCUUGCGCAUAUUUGACGAAGUUUUCUAAUGUUAUGAUUUUCUAUUGUGCCAAUUACAUUUUCAUAACUUCAUUUUUGCCCUCAACUCUUCUAUUCUUUAAUUUUUGUAUUCUCUUCUUGACAUAUGCGAUGCAAUUCAAAGUUAUUAUGAUGCCUUUUUGAGGAAGUAUCAAGAGCUAGCAAGGGAGAGGAAUUGGAGACAACCUCUUUGUUGCACUGUCUUAUUUUCUGCAAAUCAUGGAUGGAGGAGUUAUACCAGUAACUCUGCAUGACUUAUUGGUGGAUGCUCUUGUGACUCCAUCUGGCAUGAUUCCCAUUAGCCCAUCCGCCUUAGAAAGAUCUAAUGUUGGAUGUUGAAGUGACACUAGAAUGCUUUCUUGGAUGGAAUUCUAAAAUUUUGAUUUUGGUUUAUGACCUGACAAAGAGGAUUAUAUGUUGUUAAGAGCAAAAAUGUUAGAUUGGUGCCAGUGCCAUCAAAAAGAUUCCCGUGUGCCAUUGCCGGAAGGCCAUAGUCAAUUUUCCAAAGCAUGAGCCUUCUAGAAAGAGAGUCUAAUGUGAAAUGAGUUUGCGUGAUUUGUAUUGUUUUGAGUGUAACCAUCAAACUUGAUAUUUUGUAAAUAACUAAAUAUGGAUUAGAAUAAAGGAUUUUUGUUCAUUGUUCAAUUUUUUUUUAUUUUCAGAAGUUGUUGUCAUGCUUGAAUCAUCAAAUGGAACUAAUUGCAAUAUUGAGUUACUGUAGCUGCAAAGUUUGACCAGCAGUGAUUGUCAAGAAAUGAAGUCGGUUAAAUUGCCCUUUAGAACAUCCCAAAUGGUAGGUUGCCACACAUUUUAUGACGUGAACAGUGAUAUUUUGAGAUGCUGCUGGCCAACCACUAGGCUUGUGCUUUUGGCUGCGAAGUGCAGACUGGGCGAAGGCUUGUUUUCUGAAGGCUGCUUCUGAAAUAAUUUUAAGGGCCCUAAACGGGUUUAAGUCCUGUCAAUAGUUUGGAGAGCAAUUGUUAAUUUUUCAGGUAAAUGAUUAUGGACAGUGACAGCUACAUCAAAUUCUACAAGUAAUUAUAACAGUGUGAAACCUUGAAAGAGUAUGUGCCCCUAAAGUCAUGGAUGUAGCUGGAUUAUUUCCAAUGGCUGGAAGAAGUCUGCCCAAGUUAUCCCGAGUAACACUCCAACAAUAAAUUUCCCAGUAAGCUACAUCAACUUUUCAGAGUUCGAGGACUAAAAUCACAACAACUAUACAAUUCCCACGCUCCAUUGGCUUUAAUGGGUCAUAAACACAUACUGUUCAAAGUUUUGGCAACAAGAAACCACUUUUCCUCCCUUUUGUAUUGAGAUUAGGUGGGAUGUCCCUAUAAGUAUAAGUUAUUGAAUUGUUGUUGACCGUUUCAACUCUGUGCAAAAUAGUGAAAUAACCCUUGUUUAUUAUUAUCUGGAUUCAAAAAAAAAGUUGCAAUUGCAAUUUGUCUUGAACGUUAUUUUCAUCCUUUAAUAUAUCUAUCAACUUGGUCAUUGACUUGCUAUUACAAGUCCAGUAGUCUUAAUGGAGAUUUGAUAUAAAUUAGAGGCACAAAUGAUGCCAUAUAUCUGCAAGCACAAUCUCCAUUAUUACAUACUUUCUUUUGGCCACAAGAGUUCAUAUCUGCCAUGGCUUUUUCCUCCUCCAUUCGCCUUCUGGGUAGCCUGAUAGUGAUGCUGCUUCUUCCUAUGCAUAUCAAUUCAGCUGACCCAGAUCCUCUGCAGGAUUUCUGUGUUGCUGACUUAAAAGCCUCUGCAUCGUUAAAUGGCUUCCCUUGCAAACCUGCAGAAGAAGUAACUUCUAAUGAUUUUUUCUUUGAUGGUUUGAGCAAAGAGGGCAACACAACAAACAUCUUUGGUUGGUCUGUGACUGCAGCUAAUGUUCUUUCAUUUCCUGGCCUCAAUACUCUAGGAAUUUCGAUGAACCGAGUAGACUUUGCUCCCGGAGGGCUGAAUCCUCCUCAUUCACAUCCUCGUGCAACCGAGACUGGGGUGGUCAUAGAAGGGAAGCUCCUUAUAGGAUUUGUGACAACUAGCAAUGUGUUUCACUCCAAAGUUUUGAGUGCUGGGCAGAUGUUUGUUGUUCCUCGUGGUCUUGUUCACUUUCAACUAAAUGUUGGAGAAGAAAAGGCCCUCCUUUUCACUGCUUUCAACAGCCAUUUCCCAGGUUCUGCAGUCGCCCCAACUACUCUUUUUGCUUCUACACCUCCAAUUCCCAAUCAAGUGUUAACAAAGGCCUUCCAAGUUGGGGAAGAUACAAUCAAAACCAUAAAAUCCAAGUUUGGAUCUUAAACAUUCUUGAAAACCCUUCCAAAAUUUGUACGAAGACACUUGUUUUUCUGCAUCACAAGUCAUUCAUCUGAUUGUGAUUUAUUGUGUCUGUUUUAAUGUAUGCUUGUCAUGGUGGUUUUUUCCUACCCUUUCCUUGAUGGAUGUAAUAAUACAUGAUAUCAAAUUACUGAAA